AUAAAUGUUUCAGUUUAGUUUCAUUUCCGGAAUGUGGUUUUGAAUUUGCGCGUCAACAGUGCGCGGCAACAAAAGAAGAUUGAUUAGUAAUUGUAUCGAUACAUCGAUACGUUCGGGCCAUCUCCAGCUAGAACAUAUGUAAAUAAAUAAGGGGCUAAGUAUUUGUUAAAAUUGCACCUGCAGCUCUGUAAAGCCAGCAUCUAUUCGGAUCGCAAGCCUCCGGCUGCCAGGAGCCCACUUCAAUGAUCUUCUAGGAACCGGCCCACACAAAACGAUAUCAAAAUGGAUCCUGUGACAUUCUUCGUAGUAGUGACGUCCCUUUACGGCGUCCUAUACUUUUUCGAUCGCUUUUUCAAAAGCUGCAUGCACUAUCCAUACGAUGCUUUUCUGAAGAACACCGGACUGACUGUAAACUUUAUGAGCCUGCACUGGCACACGAACGCCUUCAAUCGGAUGCUGCUGCGCUGGGGAUCCGCCGGAAACAGUUGCACCCGCAACUUUCUGGUCACCAGCUUCAAUGUGGGCGUGCUGUUGACCUUCUCGCUGCUCCCGAUCGGCAUCAUACUGCUCAUCAUUACGAUAUUCAGUGGCGGCGAGGCGGACACCGCAACGCCAUAUGCCUCGUCAAUGCCAGUGCAGCUGGAGAUUCUGCUGCCCGGCGUCAACCUGCCGCUGGAGGAGAUUGGCUACUAUAUUACGACUCUUGUGCUUUGUCUGGUGGUCCACGAAAUGGGUCACGCCAUGGCGGCCGUGCUGGAGGAUGUUCCCGUGACUGGCUUCGGAAUUAAGUUCUUCUUCUGUCUGCCGCUGGCCUACACAGAGCUCUCCCACGACCACCUGAACAGUCUGCGCUGGUUCAAGAAGCUGCGAGUAUUGUGCGCGGGCAUCUGGCACAACUUUCUGUUUGCCGGAGUCUGCUACCUGCUCAUCUCAACGGUGGGCAUCACCAUGUCCCCCUUCUUUGUGUACAACGAACAUGUGAUCGUCACGGAGCUGACUCGAAAGUCGCCGCUGCGAGGGGAUCGCGGACUGAAAGUGGACAAUCUCAUCACCCAGGUCAAUGGCUGUCCAAUUACUAGCGAGGAAAGCUGGCACUCCUGCCUGUACAGCUCCAUGAAGAAGAGGGCUGGCUAUUGCGUGAGCGCGGACUUUAUUCAGCUCAACGACGAAAGCAGCGCCAUUUCACACCACAGCGUCGAUGGACAACUGCAAUGCUGCGACGAGCUGAAUCCCAAUGUCAGCUGCUUCGAAGUGGUGGAGGAUGUAAACGGCGAUGUACCGGUGGAGCUGCCCCAGCAUGUUUGCCUCAAUGUGCGUCGCACCCUGGAGGAAGUCACCGAGCACUGCACAUCGGGCCUGUGCUCGGAGGGAUUCUGCCUGCGGCCGUUGAUGCGCAACAUAACUGCCAUAAUGACGUUCAAGCGUCAGAAUUUAAAUGGCGAAAAGCUGCCGCCGGUCAUUUAUGUGGGCCAUCCGUGGGAUGUGUCUCGCACGGUGGAGAUUUCAGCCUUCGUGCCGCGCUAUAGGUUCCUGAGUGCCGCCUGGCCGGACGCCUGGUUCCUGCUGCUCAAGUACAACGUUGUCUUCAGCAUUGGCCUGGCCCUGGUCAACGCCAUUCCGUGCUUUGGCUUCGAUGGAGCACACAUCACAAGCACCGUGAUACACAGCUUUCUGGUGGGAAAAGUGGACCAGCAUGCCAAGCGGGAUCUCAUCUCGGUGAUAAUCACUAGCGUGGGCUCCCUGCUCUUUGGCCUAGCCCUGCUUAAAGUCGCCUGGCUCAGCUUUCUCAGACCUCUCAUAUAGAAACUGGAAACUGGAGUUCAACUCCGUUUCAAGACGCUAGACUGCUAUUUCACUUUCAUACACAGCGAUGUAGCACCUCAAAGAUGAUAGCUUUUGUCAUAGUCGUUAGUUUUACCUCGUAUUUAUUUUCGUAUUGUUGUCGAGCUCAAAAAUAAAGUCAACAGGCAUUUUCCUCA